UGGAAAUAUGCAAUAACUAGACAUCUGCAAAAUGAAGAAAGUGUUCACUGCAGAACAAAUUUCGGAUUGGUUCACCUCAGGAACGACGUUUGCUAACAUUAAACUCACGGAGGAAGUGGUUGAAAGAAAGUUGGAUGAAGCGUCGUCGAAAGAGACCAGUCCAUCAAACGUUCCUGAUGAAGGCAGCCUGCAAAAUGGAAACUCUAAUGGAGGCCGGUUCCUGAGACCAGAACAUGCAGGGGGUACGGCUACUCCUCCACUUGCCAGCUACGAGUACCCAAGCUUGCCCAUAACCAAAAACAGACAGAAGCUGACUUCCCUCAUAGAAAACAACUCUGUGGUGAUCAUACGAGGAGCCACAGGCAGUGGCAAGACCACCCAGGUGCCACAGUUCAUUCUGGACCACUACUACAACAGAAAUUCUGCCUGCAACAUUGUGGUCACCCAACCACGCAAGAUUGGUGCCACCAGUAUUGCCCGAUGGGUAGCCAAACAACGGAAGUGUACCCUGGGUAGUCUGGUUGGAUAUCAGGUUGGACUGGAAAAGAUGGCUACUGAGCACACCCGGCUCAUCUACAUGACUACAGGAGUGCUGCUGCAAAAGCUGGUUGUAGCCAAAUGCCUCACAGAGUUCUCCCACAUCUUUGUCGACGAGGUUCAUGAGCGCACUGAGGAUAUGGACUUUCUCCUGCUGGUUUUGAGAAAACUCCUUCAUUCCAACUCUUGUUAUGUCAAGAUCAUCCUCAUGUCAGCCACCAUUAACUGCAAACAGUUUGCUGACUACUUUGGCACCCCAAUUCGUGGCAAAAUGAACCCGGCCUACGUGUUUGAGGUGGAGGGGGCACCAUACGCCAUUGAGGAGUUUUAUCGGGAUGACCUUGAACGACUGUUUCAAUACAGGGUAAAUGAGUCGACAAAUUUGGAUGACCCUUACAUUUCAGUGGAGAUGUACGAUCUUGCCAUCAGUCUCAUCCAGAGCUUUGAUGAGUUGGAGGGCAAAGGUUCCAGCACAGCAGAGAACAAAGGGAAGAUGACUUCCUCAGAGCGGGGCAGUGUGUUGGUGUUUCUCCCUGGUUUAGCUGAGAUAAGCUACAUGCAGGAGGCCUUAGCCAAGCUGGUCCACAAAAGAUUGCAGGUUUAUCCUCUGCACUCCUCUGUGACUCUAGAGGAGCAGAACGGCGUGUUUCUGCCCCCUGUCCCUGGAUACAGAAAGGUCAUCCUUUCCACCAACAUUGCUGAGAGUUCGGUGACUGUCCCAGAUGUCAAAUACGUGAUUGAUUUCUGCCUGGCCCGUCACAUGGUCUGCGAUCAAGAUACCAACUAUCAGUCUCUGCGCCUCACCUGGGCAUCCAAAACCAACUGCAACCAGCGUCGGGGUAGGGCAGGUCGAGUGUCAAAGGGCUUCUGCUACCGCCUUGUGACCAAAGAGUUCUGGAAGAAUGAAAUCCCAGACUACAUGAUCCCUGAGAUGCUGCUCGCCCCGCUGUCCAACAUCAUGCUGAAGGUGAAGCUGCUGGACAUGGGAAAUCCCCGCUACAUCCUCUCCAAGGCACUCUCACCCCCCAACCUUGGUGACAUAGUGAGGACAGUGCUGCAGCUCAAAGAGAUUGGUGCACUAUCUGCGAAAAGUGAUGGCACGGGUCAAAAUGACGAUGGCGAGCUAACGUUCCUGGGCCGAGUGCUGGCCCACCUGCCUGUGGACCUGUGCCUGGGGAAGAUGAUUGUCCUGGGACACAUCUUCGGCUGCCUGGACGAGUGCCUCAUCAUAGCUGCCUCACACUCUCAGAAGAGUUUCUUUGCCAUACCAUCCAUGCAGCAGCUGGCCGGCCACAGGAGCAAGUUGGCCUUUGCUCGUGGCGCGCAAAGUGAUUCUAUAAGUUUCGUCAAUGUCUUCAAGGCAUGGUACUCAGCCAAAAAGAAAGGACAGCUGAGACAUCCAAAGGACGAGCUGGACUGGGGAAAGGAGAACUUCAUUCAGAUCAAGAGGAUCAGGGAGGUUGCGGAGCUGUACGAGGACCUGAAGAAGCGUGUCUCCCAGUUCAACAUGCAUGUGCCGGAGAGCCCUCAAACCUUGGAUUACACCAGCGCACACAGGCAGAAGUUCAUUCUUCAGGUGGUCAUUGCUGGUGCCCACUACCCUCACUACUUUGUCCAGGGAGAAAUAGAUGAAGACCUGGCCUCCAGAGAGUUGAGUGGUUUCAACCCCAGAACAACAGUGAUGGUGAGGAACCUCCCUUCAUACUCUUUCCUGUACUACAAGCAGCUGCAGUCUCUGUUCCGCCUGUGUGGACAGGUCAAAGCCAUUUCCUUUGACUGCUCCAAAGCAUAUGUGGAGUUCUACAGGACGUCCCAAGACUCGGGGGUGCUGCCUGAGGUGUCUCUGGCCCUCCUCCUGGCACAGCAGAGUGCUCCCUUGGAGCUGUCUGUCUUCCCCAUCGAACAAAUAGAGAUCUUGGCUGAGGGUAGAAACAUAACUCACAUGAAAGCUGCACGGGUGAAUGUCGACUUCCAGAACCAGACUGUCUGCCCGGUGGGAGUGGUUUCUGGGCUCGUUGACCCUGAAAAGUUACCCCCCAACCACUUGUUUGUGGUCAACGUCACAGAGGUGGUGGAGGUGGGUCAUUUCUGGGGCUUCCAGGCAGAUGAAGCCAGCCUGGCCAAGCAGCGCAGCCUGACGGCAGAGAUAAACUCCUGCACGCUGCAGCCUGUGACUGUGUCUCUGUACCCCAACCUGCUGUGCCUGGCUCCCUACUCUGAGACCAAUGAGCAGAACAUGUACUACCGAGUCAAGAUCCUGCACAUGCGCGGCACCACAGUGGAGGUGUUCUUCUUGGACUUUGGCAACACUGCGGUUGUUUCCUGCAGCGGCCUCAGAGAGCUACCUCCUAAUCUUCCACCCAUCUUCUACCCAUUCCAGGCUCAGGAGUUCCAAGUUACUGCGAUGCGUCCGUCAGCUCAGUCCAUCAUCCUGGGGAACCAGUGGAGCAGCCGAGCACGCGACCGCUUCAUCACGCUGGUGAAGGGCCGCUCGCUCAUCGUGUCGCUGUACUCCAUCCUGCACGGGGUCAUGCGUGUACAGCUGCUCAUCGACACAGAGACCUCCAACACCAGCGCUGUGGACGUCUUGGUGGAAGAAGAACAUGCCAUGAAGGCCGAGGAGAGCUUCGAUUCCAAGCAAAACCAUGAGACAAUAAUGUCCCUGUACAAAGACAUUGAGAGAGGAACGUAUGUCCCCAACGCUGCCAGCAGCUCCUGGAAAGAUCGCAACAGAGAGGAGAAGGAGAUCAUUGACGACCUGCUCACCCACUUCUCCAAGGGCCGCCAUUCCAAGACCAAGGUUCAUCUGAACGGUCCAUACAGUCCUAAUAAGAUAAGCUUCUACAGCUUGAGCCACAGAACCAGCUACAAGACAGUGUGUAUUGAGAGAAGCAGCAUCAACUCGUUGGCCCUGAAUGACAGCCCUCACUACAAACAUCAGAGGAUGCUGGUGGCUGGGAGUGUGUCAGUCAACGCCACAGGGACACGUAUUCUACUGAGAGAAACCACCAUGAUGCCAGACAUCCCCGGACUGCCUGCGCUCCUCACCAUGCUCUUCACACCCAUCAUGGAGCUACGCACUGAUGAAGAGCGCACCUGCUACACCGGCGCCCUCUGUGGCUUAGGCUGGCACGGUCAGAAACAGGAGGGCAUCCUAGCGGAGCAUGACAUCGAACUCGCCUUCGAUGUCAAAUUUGAUGUUGAAGACAUCACUGAGAUAAAUGCUUUGCGAGUGGCUGUGAACCGCCUCGUCUGUGAAGGGCCCAAUGGCACCAUGCAUCUGGGGCCCGAUAGGAUCAGCCAGCUGCAGGAGGACUGCCGGGACCGCCUCAUAAGGCUGUUCACCAAGUCGCCUCCAAGAGAAGAAGGCCCUCAAGUGUUCUUCGAGAAACCAGAGAAAUGGAACCAGGUGGAUCCUGCUCUGAAGAUGGACAUCGUGGAGCCUGGAGGAGGAAAGACCAGAGGAGUCCUCUUCCAGCUGCAUCCUGUCACUCUGCUCAACAGCUGAAUAGUCGCUGUGCUCCUUCCAUUUGUGUUCAAACAGAACGGAUUCCUAUGUUUUGUGCUUUUGACAGUUGCCUGGAAUUUUUAUAUAUUUAUGUUCAGAGGAGUAUAUAUAUUUUUUAAGUUCAAUUGAGUGUGCCUUUCAUCUGCACAGGAAAAUCCUCAAUCCUUACUGAGUUGGAGUGGUAAUCCCCCGUUUAAAUACGUGACAAGCUGCUAAUAAGAAAUGUAAAGCUCAUUCACGUGAAAGCUCCUGUAUAGCGCUUUGUUACAGCCCUUCAGCAGAGGUCUAUUAAAAAGAGUUGUGUGCAACAGAU